UUCAACUGAUUUAUAUCUUCUUUUUCUUUUAGUUUACUUUAUUCCUUUUGUUUUUCAGUUACACAGUUAGAAUUUGGAAGUUCAAGAUAUAUGAAGUUUACAUGGGAUUGUAUGAUGUAUCUUACGUCAUCAGUUCCUCCUUUAACUCAUGGUAGCUUUUUCAAACUUGGUCUGAACCAGAGCCACUUAAAACCUCUGCCAUGUUCCAGAACGGAUAACAAUAAUGGCAGAGUUAAGCAAGUUGCUUUAACAGAAUUCAACAAGAAAAACCCCAUUUUUAAGUACCCAUUUGGGUCUAAUAAUGGAGAAGAGCUUUCCACUGAGUUACACAACCAAACAAUUCAAGGGUAUUGCAAAUUAGGGGAUGUAGAUAAGGCUAUGAAACUUGUUGCUCAGUUGGAGGCUUUGGGUUUUCAUCCAAAUUCUAUUUCUUAUAGUUUUUUAAUUGAGAGUUUGGGAAGUGUUGGCAGGACAUUGGAAGCUGAUGCCUUGUUUCAAGAAAUGCUGUGUCUUGGAUGUAAACCUAGGAUAAGAUUGUUUAAUGCUUUGCUUAAAGGGUUUUUGAGGAAAGGGUUGUUGGGAUUAGCUGAAAAGGUUUUGGUGGUAAUGGAUCAAAUGGGUGUUUGUAAAAAUCAGGAAACACAUGAGAUUCUUUUGGAUUAUUAUGUUAAUGCUGGAAGGUUGGAAGAUACAUGGAUGGUAGUGAAUGCGAUGAAGAAAAAUGGGAUUCCACUGAACUCUUUUGUGUAUGGUAAGGUUAUUUGUCUUUAUAGGGACAAUGGAAUGUGGAGGAAAGCAAUAGGCCUUGUGGAGGAGAUUAGGGAGAAAGGGAUAUCUUUAGACACGCAGAUUUAUAACAGCAUUAUUGAUACGUUUGGAAAAUAUGGAGAGCUAGAUGAAGCUUUAGAAGUGUUUGAGAAAAUGAAACAAGAAAGUGUAAGGCCUGAUAUAACAACAUGGAAUUCUUUGAUUCGGUGGCACUGCAAGGCUGGAGAUCUCACAAAGGCUCUUGACUUGUUUACUGAAAUGCAGGAACAAGGAUUAUAUCCUGAUCCGAAGAUCUUCAUGGGCCUUAUUAGUCGAUUGGGAGAGCUUGGGAAGUGGGAUGUAAUAAAGAAGAACUUUGAGAACAUGAAAUUUAGGGGACAUCAAGAAGUCGGGACCAUUUAUGCAAUCUUGGUUGAUAUUUAUGGACAAUAUGGGAGAUUUCAGGAUGCUGAGAAUUGCAUAUCUGCUCUAAAGUCAGAAGGCCUCCAACCUUCGGCCAGCAUGUUCUGCGUCUUAGCAAAUGCUUAUGCUCAGCAGGGAUUUUGUGAACAGACCGUUAAGGUUCUUCAACUCAUGGAAGCAGAAGGCAUUGAACCCAAUAUCAUAAUGCUGAAUGUGUUGAUCAAUGCCUUUGGUAUAGCUGGGAGACAUGAGGAGGCAUUAUCUAUUUACGAACAUAUAAGAGAAACUGGUAUUAGUCCUGAUGUGGUUACUUAUAGUACCCUCAUGAAAGCUUGUAUUCGAGCCAAGAAAUUUGAUAAGGUUCCUCAAAUAUAUAAGGAAAUGGAAUCCUAUGGAUGCACUCCGGAUAGGAAGGCUAGGCAAAUGUUACAGACUGCCUUGAUGGUUCUUGAACAAAGGCAUUGAACUGUUGUCUGACACCAAAAAAUGAGGGUUCUGAAAGCUAUUUCCUAACCACCCCAAUGAUUGCCUUGUCUCUGAAGUCAAGAUCUUAUCAAAGCUAAUCCAACUACAGCCCAAGAUGGUAUCCUUGACUGAAAGUUGAAAAAUGAGUGAAAAAGAAAAUGAAGUGUCGAAACUUGCAGGAAAAGAGCGUUCAAUGACCAUUUUAUGAACUCCUGAAGAGAAUUUUGGUAGGAAGCAGGUGGAAAUGUGACAUGAUGGUCUUCGAUGGGAUGGUAUAUUUUACUUGCUUAAGGAUAAAAAAAAAAUGAGCUGUGAAGAGUGAAAAAAUUGAUCUAAUAUUAUGUCUUUGGUUUUUUAGUGCAGAAAUGAAGAGAAAGAAAUUGAUUAAAUUAAACAGCUGUUAUGGCAGUGAGCUUUACCAAUAUUUAUAGGUUAGAUUUACCAAUUUAAGUGAUAAGAAGGCUUUGGUUGAAACAAUCUAGAUUAUUGGGGAACUGAUUGCAUUCAAAAUUUUAAAGUAAUUCCUUUAAGACAACUGUUAAUAUUGGUUCCUUCAUAUGCAUUUGAAAUCAGGAGUUCUCUGAAUGAUUAUAUUGGGUUCAGCAUCUGAAACAUCAAGGAGUUACUUAGUGAAACUGGAAUAAUGUGGCUUUUCUGUGUUAGUUCAGAUCACUCUGUUGCUUGUUAGACAGAAAGGGACAUUCAGAUUUCAGGCUGCAUGGAUAAAUGAUUUUACGCCGAUUAAUGGUCAUUCAGUAUCCUGUGAUUUAUGUAUGAAAUAAAUGGCUCAAAAUUACUUUGGUUGGUAGAUGAUCAUGUUAGGGAUGUAAAAAUAGAUUGGCCAUCUUUGUGGAUGUAGAAGGUAUUGUGAAUGACUGCAAGAACUUUUGAAGAAUGCUGGACUGAUUUUUAUACUAGAGCAAAUUCUACUUGGUAUGUGGAGAGAAGAACAGUACCAUUUCUAUAUGGUCAUUGCAUAAAAGGAAUCGAUCCUGUAUCAUAGCAAUUAUUUUUAAUUUAAUACCUUUAGUUCACAUAUUAGCAGAGUAAUAAGGUGGCAGAACAGCCAGACCCUGAUAGUGCUUCUUUCUUUUAAUUUUUCGGUAAGUCUGCAUUAUCAUCCUUGUUUCAUCACUUCAUUUUUUUUAUAUCUUUACCUAAAUUAAUACUUAUAUUUUGUUUUCUUAACCCUGGCAUGGGGAUAAGAUUAAACAACAUCCUUAUAUUGGGAGAUGCUAUAAGCAGUGAAGCCUCCUUAUGCAACGAGUCAAUGUCAACCAAUGUCACCCCUUAAGACUCACUUCGCCGAAUAUACUGAGUUGAUUUUGCUUGUUACACUUGGCACUCUGUUAAAAGUAUAAAAAGGUAUGGUUUGUAUGAUAAUCAGCGUUUAAUUUGAAGAUUGCUACAGAUUGUUCUGCAAUUGAAACAAUUCCAUAUUGAAAAUUAUGUUAAUCUUUGAGGGUUAUGUUUAUAGUUGGUAGACAUUUCAACUUACCAACUAUUGCUGAUAUUUAACCUGAGAAGCCAUUUUUAAAGGUUAUGCUUCAUCUGUUUCUGAUAUUGCUAAUGAUAAUGGCUUCGUUAUUGUUGAUUAUAUGCAUGUCUCUUGGUCAUCUGUUUCGAUGAUACCGUCAAGAUAAGUUAUUUCCUGGAUUUAUAUCUUGAUCAUUCAUGUGAAUUUCAUGUGGUGUCUUAUUUCCUGGAAUGGUUAGUUCUCAUAAUUAUAAACUAUAAUCAUAUCCAACAUGGUCCCUCCUGGCAAGUGUUGUACCAACUUGGAUGGUCUUUCCUUUUCUUUUUUUCACAAAGUAGGUCGUAAUCUGGGGAUAGGGGAAGGAGUUGUAAGUGUUGAGAUUUGAACUCUAAAUCUACCGAAAGACGACUACCUUUUUAUUAGCAAUAGCCGCUUCCAUCAUAUCUUCGUUUUAAAUUUUGUUAGGUUUUAUUGACCAUAUAAAACUCAAAAUGGUGGAAAGGAUGAGGAAACAAAAUUAAGUAUUCCCUAAUGGAAGGAUAUCGUCA